AUGGCUGCGCAGCAACCAGUUCACAUAGUGCCGGACCAUGUGGGCCUCGACGGCUUAUCUGACAGGGCAGGUUGCAUUUUCGCUCUGCCACUCACUCUUUCGGCACCCGUCCACCUGGACCCAGGGUCGGGUCAAGUUCCGAUGCCAGUAUCCGGCCGGACAUAUACCUCUAGUCUCCAAGUCAACGGGACAGGCGCCAUGCCAACGCUUCCUUAA